AUGAGAGCUCCUUUUGGUAUCGCCGGUAUCUGUCUUCGGGGAAAUUCGAAACUGGAGGGCCCCUUCGGUCAACCCCGGACCCAAUUCCUUGCCAAGGAGCGUCCUUCCAAGUCUACGAAGCAGAUCGUGACCGUCAACUUUGUCAACCAUACCGAAGGGCCUUUGUCAUCGUACUGGAUUGACUUCAACGGCAAGCCCAAAUUAUACCACAAAAUUGGACAAGGGCAGACCCAUGAGCAGCAGACAUUUUCGGGCCAUGUUUGGAAAUUGGUUAAUGAUGAGACGAAAGAAUUGAAGGCGAUCUACGUUACUCCUGAGGAAUCCGAAGAUGUUGUCGUCAUCGAAGAGAGCACUAUGGAAGAGAUGAAGUUCAAGAACGAUGGACCAAAAGGAGACACGGAUGACGACGAUGAAACGGACACAAAUCGAUCGGCAACUCUGGAUGAGAAAGAAGAACCUCAAAGCAAAAGUCAAGUCUUUGUUCGAGACCACAAUGUGUGGUUUUGCGAUGUUUCCGGGAAGGAGUCGCAGAUGUCCUCCACUGGCACCGAAGAAAACCCGUUCGACAAGGCAAGAAUCAUUCAAUCGCCCGCUGGGGACUUUGCUGUCGUCUGGCAGUAUACCCCGGAAGAAGAACAUGUGCUCCAUCUUCGGGAGUCAAGUCCAUCAGAUCAGCUUGAGCCGAAGGUGCGGACUGUCCAGUACUUGAAGCCGGGCGAUCGCGUCAGAGUCGACCGGCCUCGAUUGUUCAGUUUGAAGUCCAAGGAAGAGAUCAAAACCAGCGAUGAUCUAUUCCAAAAUCCAUAUAGCAUCGAGAAUAUUGGCUGGAACGAUGACGGCACAGAGUACCGCUUCAUUUUCAACGAACGCGCCCACCAGCAUCUUCGCCUGUUAGGCAUACGCACUACCGGAGAGGUCAGACGCUUGAUUGAGGAGGAGAGCGAUACCUUCAUCGACUACUCGAGCAAGUCCUACCAUCGAUUAAUUGCGGGGACGGAUGAGAUGCUCUGGAUGAGUGAGCGCGACGGCUACAAUCAUUUGUACCUGUUCGACUUGAAAGAUGGAAAGCAGAAGGACCAAGUUACGAAGGGGAACUGGAACGUUCGCUCUGUCGUUAAAAUUGAUGAAACGAAUCGUCAAGUGUGGUUAAAAGGAUAUGGGAUGAUUGCGAAUCAAGAUCCGUAUCACGCUCACUUGGCUUGCAUUCGUCUCGACGGAACUGACUUUCAGGUGCUCACUGAAGGUGACGGCACUCAUGAGUGGACGUUCUCUCCGAACAACAAGUUCUUCGUCGAUACCUGGUCGCGUGUGGACUGUACCCCGCGAUCUGUGCUCAGAAGUCUGCAGACUGGAGAAGAGCUCCUUUUCCUUGAGGGACAAGUCGAGGACACUCAAAAGCUACUUGCGGAUGGUUGGGCAGCCCCAGAAAGAUUCACAGCUCCAGGACGGGAUGGCGAGACUGCGAUAUAUGGAGUCAUCAUCCACCCUUCAAGUUUCGACGCUGCAAAGAAGUAUCCAAUCCUUGAAGAUAUCUAUGCCGGACCUCAUGACUUUCAUACGCCCAAGGCAUUCUCAGUUCUAGCCAAGCAACGGCAAUGGGCAGAUCAGGGGUAUGUGGUGGUUCUCCUAGAUGGUAUGGGAACAAAUUGGCGAUCGAAGAAGUUCCAUGAUGUUUGCUACAAGAAUCUCAAAGAUGCCGGAUUCGCUGAUCGUAUCGCAUGGAUCAAAGCUGCAGCGGAGUCGCGCCCGUGGAUGAACACCUCAAAGGUUGCUGUCAUAGGAGGUUCAGCGGGAGGGCAAAGCGCCGUCGCCGCGCUCAUUCAUCACAGCGAUUUCUACACAGUUGCAAUCGCUGAUUCUGGGUGUCACGAUAAUCGUAUGGACAAGAUAUGGUGGAACGAGCAGUGGAUGGGUUUUCCUGUUGAUAAGUCUUACGAAGACUCGUCAAAUGUGGCUCAUGCGGAGAAGUUGCAGGGUGCUUUGAUGCUGAUCGUGGGCGAGCUCGAUGAUAAUGUUGAUCCCGCUUCGACCUUCCAGCUAAUCAAAGCUCUGAAUGAUGCGGACAAAGACUACGAGUUCGUGUUCAUCCCUGGCGGUGAACAUUGUGGUGGGCGAGCGAAAUUCGCCCUGAGACGACAGGAACGCUUCCUCCGACGACAUCUUCCGGGGUAA